UCGGAGAUGCUGAGAUUGCAGGUAUCGGAAGAAGCUUAGAAUCUUCGCUUUCCUCGACGUUGCAGUUUCAUUUUCUUAAUGGCAUAAGCUUCUCUCCCCCUUCUAUUGAUCGAUUCUCUAUUACCAAAUCCUUUGACUACUUUCCGGCGGAUGCGUCCCCUACAAUUAUUUCUUUGCCUUCUCGGCCAGCUGCUGCUGGCAGUUGCGGUGAUCCCCAGCUUUUUGAAUGGCAACUCAUCGGCUGCGGAGACCUCGAAGAUUGUGCAUUCUAGGCUACUGCUUUCAACGUUGAACGGAGACAUUGUGAACUCGGAGACAGCGGUUGUGCCUUCGAGUUUGGGAUGGGAUGCGUUUGAGGGAUUAGGUCGAUCACGAACCCCAACAAGAUCUCUCUUGUCGAAACCUGAAACUGUUGGAAGACUGGUGGCUACAUUAGAUGGAAGAAUUCAUUUACAUGACGGAGAUUCCGGGAGGGUAUUCUGGUCAUUUUCUACUGGACAACAGCUUUACUCUUCCUAUCAGGCUCAUAUUAACCAGAAGGAUGGUGGUGAUGAUGAUGAAAAUGUUAUUGGACCAAAUAGCAGCUACUUCCUCGAUUGCGGGGACAACAUGGAAUUAUAUGCGCAAAUCAAUCACUAUAGAGUGAAACUUCCUUUUACUGUUGAGGACUACAUUCAAAAUUUGCCUUACAUAUCGGAUGAUGGAGCAGUAACAAUCGGGUCUAAGACAACUACUGUGUUUGAAGUCGAAACUAAGACUGGGAAACUAAUACAGACUUAUGGAUCACCAAUUACAUUUCAGGGUAAUGCAGAGGGUGAUAGCUUACAUGAUACUCAAGUGAUUGAUAAGGAGCUGGUAGAGCACACUUUGAAUACUCACAGGGAGCUUCGACUGCACAUCACAAGGACAGAUUACACACUGCAGCAUUUUGCACCAAAAUCAAAGAAAGUUUCUUGGAGCCUGAGAGUAGCAGAAAUUGGAGUUGCUUUCCUUUGUCAAGGUAUAGAGGAUCCAUUUAGUAAUGCUACUUUGGACUCCAGCUACGUUCUUCAUUCUGAAAUUGACAGUGAGUCUGACAAGCCAUUGUCGUGCCAGUCCAAACGUAUUGCCUUGCGCUUUCAAAAGCAGGCCAUUUCGAAAUCUUCUACUCGGACUAUUGAUGCUGACAUGAUGUUUCCGUCACAUCAUUCAACUCUAAUGCUUCCUUCACAACUCGCGGUUAAUAAAUCCUCUGAAAAUUAUCAUGAAACUAUGAUGCUGCCAGCGUCUCAAGAUGAUCAAGUAUCAAAAAUGGAUCACAAGAAUGAUAGUGAAGCAGUGCUUCGUGGGCCUCCUCUGAAGACUGACCAUUAUGUAAUAUCUCAAGCGCAUGAUGUGAAAAAGCUGUAUAAUGACAUAUCAACAAUGUUUGUCGAGGGGUUGACACUGUUGUCUUUAGUUCUUGUUAUUGGCAUUCUCUUGGGGGGCUCUGUCUUCUAUGUUUAUCUUUUAGUACAUAAACGACAAGUUAAAUUAGACAACCAGUUGGGUAACUCUAGUUUGAAAGUUAAAGCUUCUAAUAGAAAGAAAGUGAGGAGAUCUGGAAAGAACAAUUCAAAUGAAGAGAAAAAAGACAGGGACACAUCACCUGAGAGUGGGGGUGGAUUUGCUCUCUGGGAGGAUAAAAACCAGAUGUUGUUGGACCUUAAUAGACUUGCUGACAGUGGUGCUGAUGGACGUAUUAUUGGCAAGUUAUUUGUGACAAAUACGAAAAUUGCUAAGGGAAGUAAUGGGACCGUUGUCCUUGAGGGAUUAUACGAAGGUCGCCUAGUUGCUGUGAAACGGCUUGUCCAAGCUCAUCAUGAAGUGGCUUUUAAAGAAAUUCAGAAUCUUAUUGCAUCUGACCAACAUCCAAAUAUUGUUCGAUGGUAUGGGGUGGAAUAUGACCAAGAUUUUGUGUAUCUUUGUUUGGAACGUUGCAGUUGCAGCUUGGAUGAUUUGAUACAAAUUUACUCAGAUACCUCCCAAAAUCCUGUCUGUAGCAAAAAACAAGCUACGAAUGCUAUGAUUGAGUGUAAACAUCGAUUAGAAGUGGUCAAGGAUGCUAUGCAGGAUCUUAAUUUGUGGAAGGCAAAUGGCUUUCCAUCACCUAUAUUAUUAAACUUGAUGAGGGAUGUGGUUUCUGGGCUUGUGCAUCUACAUGAAUUGGGGAUAAUACAUCGAGACUUGAAGCCUCCAAAUGUGUUGAUUAUUAAGGAGAGAUCUUUAUUAGCAAAGCUUUCUGAUAUGGGCAUCAGCAAGCGCCUGGUUGGGGAUAUGUCUUCUCUUGGUUACCAUGCUACUGGCUGUGGCAGUUCUGGUUGGCAAGCUCCUGAACAGCUUCUUCAUGGACGUCAAACACGUGCCGUAGAUAUGUUUAGUUUGGGAUGUGUUCUCUUUUACUGCAUAACUGCUGGUAGACAUCCAUUUGGCAAUCGUCUUGAACGUGAUAUCAACAUUGUUAAGAACCAAAUGGACCUCUUCUUAGUGGAGCACAUACCCGAAGCUUGGGACCUUAUUUCCUGUUUGUUAAACCAUAACCCUGAAUUGAGACCAAAGGCAGUGGAAGUGUUGCACCAUCCGUUGUUUUGGGGUGCUGAAUUGAGACUGUCAUUUCUUCGUGACACUAGUGACAGAGUAGAGUUGGAAGUUAGGGAGUAUGAUUCUGAUCUAUUGAAAGCAUUGGAAAGGAUUGCACCAGUGGUUCUGGGUACAAAAUGGGAUGAAAAGAUUGAGCCUACAUUCAUCACUAAUAUAGGACGGUAUCGACGCUAUAAAUUUGACAGUGUUCGGGACUUACUGCGAGUCAUUCGAAACAAGUUGAACCAUUACAGAGAGCUUCCCACAGAAAUACAGGAGCUUGUGGGCCCAGUUCCAGAAGGUUUUGAAAUCUACUUUGCGAGUCGAUUUCCAAAACUGUUGAUAGAAGUAUACAAAGUUGUGUGGAGACUCAGCAGGGAAGAAAAAUGGUUUCAGAAAUAUUUUAAUAGCAAGAUUACUUAAAACCUCCGUGAGUUGUUACUGCCAGACUCUGGACUCAGUGAGAAGAUGCUAUGCCUGUUUGUACAGAACUUUGUAAUGCAAAAGUAUAUGCUCGUGUAACUAAGGUUAUGUUCGUGGCAAAAUAACCUUGUAUGAUUAUCCUCUCUUUAUUAGUUAAUGCAUAUAUGAACUCCAAUAAAUAUCAUUGAAAAUAAGAAUAGACAAAGCAUAGCCAGUAUUUUUAAACUUUUUUCUGAGAUGUAGUUCCUAGAUUUGCUA